AUGACAGUAACCAUUGUUCUUAAGGUCAAAUACGUCAGUGAGGAUGUCUCAUUUGAUUGUGGUUCGUUGCCUAUUGAAUUUUUUGAUCAACAAGCCUUUCAAACCAAGAUGACCUCAUCACCCAGCGGCAAUAGCACGGGUAGUAGUAAUCAUUCAACUCCACAAAGAAAAGCAGGUCCAUGCAAAAGAAAACAACAAGUCAAAUGGUCCGAAGAGGACGAUCGUAUUCUUAGAAUGUAUGCUGAAAAGGAAUAUUCAUGGAAGGAAAUUGCAACCAACUUCCUUCAUGACAAAUUUACUCCUCAGCAACUCCAUCAACGUUGGAAGAGAGUGCUCAAUGAUAAUAUCAACCGAGAACCUUGGACUGAAGAAGAAGAUCGAGCCAUCAUUGAAUAUGUCAAGAAGCAUGGUUGUUCUUGGUCUAAGCUAAGGACAUUAUUAGGAACUAGAAGAACCGAUACCAUGGUUAGACAACGUUGGCUCAAAAUUACCAAUGGCCAAGGAGAGGUAGGAACACCCUCUAACAAGCACAAGAGUAACAUGUCGAGCAAGUCUCCUUCAUCCUCCAUGAAUUCUUCAAGCUACACAAACCUUGUAAAUCAAUCAUCCUCAUUGAGCAAUAACUAUGAAUCCAUGUCUGCUCUCUUGAAUGGAACCUCUGCCGAUAUGGACGUGUUCCAAUUUAUCAAGACUCAUCAAUUGAUGAGCUCGACCAACUUCAAUCAAGCUCACCCUGUAACCGUAGUUCCACCUGUCCUUAACAAGCCAACUCCAGUACUCUCAGCUGACGCCCUCACUUGUGAUGAAGAGCUCACGUUUGAGCAUCGUCCUGCUCCUUCUGAACCAAUAAGAAGAGACUCUUUGGAUGAAAAGACACUCAGCUCAAACUUGGGAACAAUGCUUGAGAAUAACAUUGAUUUGGUCGACUUCCACUCUUCAUUCCAAGCCAACAUGGAAAAGGAAUGGUUGAACCAAAUUUUCUCUGGAGACUUUUAA